AUGAUUAAACCAAGAUAAUAUUCUAUGCAAGCUAUUAGAAUAAACAAACCUAGUGAAAAAUUAAUGCAAUCAAUACCAAUAAAACCAACAUAUCAAAGUGAAUUUUAAAAUAGAAAAUCAACAGACUUUUUGGAUCCUAACGAACUUAGACCAUUCCUUGAAGAUUUAAUGCAUCGAUAUGAUAAAAUGGUUGCUGAAUUGUAAGCUGUUUAAUUAAAAGUAAAUAAAACAAUUUCCUGAUUAGAAUCAUGAAUAUAACGAUCAAAAUUAAAAAUUAAUUAUAGAAAAUGAAUAACUGAAAAAUAUAGUAAAUAAAAAAGAAGAGGAAGUUAAUUUUCUAAAUUCUAAAUUAGCUGGAUAUCAAAAUAAACAUGGUUAAUAAAUAGAUUAUCUAUAAAAUGAUAAUUUGAAAGUAGUGCAAGUGUUUACAUAAAAAAUUGAUAAUUUACAAAAUGAACUAAAGUAUUAUACUUUAAUAAAACAAGAAAUGUAUAGAAUGAUUUAGAAUACAAUAAAGGAUUAUUAAUUUUAAGAGAAUAAGAAGUCUUAGAAUGGAGAAGCAGAAAAUAAUUUGAGGAAUCAAAAACUUAAAAAGAACUCAAUUAAAUAAAAAAAACUUUGUAAAUUAAAGAAUAAGAAUUACAAGCAUUAAGAAUUAAAUAUGAUUUUAAAUAAAAAACAAAUUAAUCAAGUUCAGGAUAAUAAUUAGAAUUAGAGGCUCUUAAAUAAGAAUUAUAUAUUAAAGAACAAUAAUUAUCUAAAAUUAAUGAUUAGGAGAAUUCAGAAUAAUGUAGAAUUUAUUAAAAUGAAAUUCAUAGAAUAAAUAAAAUUGUAUUAAAUUCAAUAAUAUUAAUAAGGUAGUAGAAUUAAGAAAUGAAGUAGAAAAAUUUAAAUAAGAGCAGGCUGAUUAUGAAUGGUUAAAGAAAAGAUAUACAAAAGAAAAUAUAACUUAUUCUACAUUAAGAGUAUGA